AUGGCUGAGGCUGUUGUUUCAAUUGUGUCGAGAAGGAUUGGAGAGUUCACCAUUCAGGAAGCCAAAUUCUUAUAUGGAGUCAACGAUCAAGUCAGGCUUGCUCAAACGGAGCUACGGUUGAUGCAGGGUUUCCUGAAAGAUGCAGAUAUCAGACAGCGGGAAGAGGAAAGAGUUCGCAUUUGGGUGGCCGAGAUUAGAGAUGCUGCUUAUGAUUUGGAGGAUGUCAUUGAGAGAUUUGUCCUGAAGGUGGCUUGCAAGAGAAGCGGAGCUGGUUUUAAUUAUGUUUUAAGAAGGUUUGCUUGUGUCUUGAAAGAAGGAGUUUAUCUUUACAAGAUUGGUUCAGACAUUAAGAGCAUUACAACCAAAAUCUCCAAUCUGAGGUUGAGUGCUCAAACUUAUAACAUAAGGGAAAUAAGGGAGACCGGAGAUGCGAUUUCCUUGCCAUUUUAUCAGAGGCAACAGCAGCUCAGGCGAACAUAUUCUCAUGUUACUGGGGAUAAUGUUGUUGGGCUAGAAAAAGAUGCGGAAGAAUUGAUCAUGCAUUUGGUGAAUGAUGAAAGUUGUCAUCGAGUUGUGUCUAUAUGGGGUAUGGGUGGAUUGGGAAAGACCACUCUUGCAAAACAAGUUUAUCAUCACAAAAUAGUUAGACGGCAUUUUGAUUGUUCUGCUUGGAUCUGUAUCUCUCAGCGAUGUAAAGUAAGAGAAGUUUGGGAAGGAAUUCUUGUUAAGCUUAUUUCACCUACCAAUGAGCAAAGAGCAGAAAUUGAAAAAAUGAAGGAUGAUGAAAUAGCUAAGAAGCUUUAUAUCUUUCAACAAGAAAGCAGAUGUUUGGUAGUCCUUGAUGACAUUUGGAGUAUCCAUACAUGGGAUUCUCUGAAAGCUGCAUUUCCAUUGAAUGAGGAAACAAAAAGCAGGAUGUUACUCACUACUCGGAACAAAGAAGUAGCUUUACAUUCUGAUAGAAAUGGUUUCCUUCACCAACCUCGGGCCUUAGACGAUGAUGAAAGUUGGGAGUUGUUCGAAAAGUUGGCAAUCACUGGAAGAAAUCGAACACAAUCGCAAAUUUAUUCAGAGAUGGAAAAGCUUGGAAAAAGGAUGCUUCAACGUUGUGGGGGUUUACCACUAGCCAUCACUGUGCUUGCAGGGCUUCUAGCUAGAAAAGAUACUGUUAAUGAAUGGGAAACAGUGCUGAGAAAUGUUGAUGUCUUCAUAAGUAGAGGUAAAGGCCAUGAAAAGGAAUAUGCAGGUGUGUCAUGGGUAAUGGAAUUGAGCUAUGACGACUUGCCAUAUCACUUAAAACCGUGCUUUCUGUAUUUAGGCAAUUACCCGGAAGACUCUGAGAUAAAUGUGAAAACGUUGACUCAAUUAUGGAUAGCUGAAGGUUUCAUAUCUUCGGCAAAUCAAAGAGAAGGUUCAGUGGAGACGAUGGAGGAAGUGGCAUACAAUUGGUUAAGUGAGUUGGUACAAAGGUGUGUUGUUCAAGUAGGGGAGCAGGGUACAAUUAGAGACACCAAGUCUUGUCGUCUCCAUGAUCUUGUGAGGGACAUGUGCUUGUUGAAGGCAGAAGAGGAGCAUUUUCUUCAGAUUCUCAAUUUACAUUUUCCUUGUUGCAUGGAAAUUACUAAAGCAAAGCCAAUAGGUGAAGUUCGAAGACUGGCCGUACAUGUUGAUGGGAAUGUCGACAAAUGGGUUCCUCAUGAUGGAGUGAAUCGCCCUCUUAGGUCUCUGUCAUACUUCGGCCCCAAACAUGGGAGGCCUAGAAGCAAAAGACUAAUAGACUUCAUAUUCAAGGAUUUCAAAUUGCUGAGAGUGUUGAGGCUCGACCGGACUGAUAGAGAAGUGGAGUUGCCAAGUGAUAUUGGGAAGAUGGUCCACUUGAGGUAUCUAAGUAUAAGGUAUAGCACCAUAAAAAGGUUGCCAUCUUCGGUUGCUAAUUUGACUUGUUUGCAGACUCUAGACUUUCGUGCUUCUGUCAUUCGGAUGAGCCCAAAUGUGACAUGGAACAUGAAGCAGCUGAGACAUCUAUAUUUUUCUAAUUUCCAAUACUCAUUCGGUAAACAACAACUGUCUGCUCUUGCGAAUUUGCAGACCUUGCAUAUUUCGGGUGACGAUUUUGAUUGGAAUAAUCUCACAUACUUGACCAGUCUUAGAAGAUUGGCCCUAAAUUUGUCGAGCCCCUUGAAGCAUGUGGAGCAAGCAUUGAAAUCUACAAGCAGCAUUCUUAACUGUGUGCAGUCUCUAGCAGUGGACAACUGGAGCCUUGGUUGUGCGGACGCUAUGCAAAUAGUAUUAAGCUGUCGCCAACUUUACAAGCUGAGUGUGAGUGUGUUGAUACUAGAGCUACCGAAAGACCCCCAAUACUAUCCAAACCUGACCAAGUUAAACUUGUGGCGUUGCGAUUUCAAGGACGACCAGAUGGCAAUAUUGGAGAAGCUACCAAACCUUACCAAGUUUACCUUUCAUGAAGUGGUUUUUGAGAAGAACACAAAGUCACUCGUUUGCUCCAAAGGAGGCUUUUGUCGUCUUCAAGUUUUAAGCCUUGGUUGGAGCAAUGUAGAUGACUGGAAGGUGGAGCAAGGAGCCAUGCCUAAUCUCUGUGAAUUGUCGAUCAACUGUUGGACACAGUUGAGGAGACUUCCAGAGGAGCUGAGGUAUAUUACUACCCUCAGGAAACUAAAGAUCACAGGGAUGCGUAGAACAGACUGUAGUAGGCUUCAGCAAGGAGGAGAAGAUUACUAUAAAGUCCAACAUGUGCGUUCCCUUGCAUUUGAGAAUAUAUAUGAUGGAGAGGCGGAUAUUCCCGCCCCAUGGACAGUUUGCAAGCUUAAUCCCAACAUGGUCGCGGCCACUUCUCUGGGAAUUGUGUUGGAUUAUUGGUUUGGCAGUAACUUGUAA